AUGACCACUGCACACAAUCACAGUGCUGUCCCCGAUGUCGGCUUCUACGACUGGCUCAACAACAUCAUCCACUCCACAACAGGUUUGCCAGUCAUGACCCUGGUGGUGUUCGUGUUGGCCAUCUUCUCAGAAGGUCUGGGUUCGGCCAUCAGGCGUCUUCGGGCACGACCUGUCUUCUGGAUCAGGUCUAGAACACCGACUGUGAUCCUACACAACGUCCUGUCUACGCUGGUACACGCUAGCAAGGUCACACUGAUGUUUCUCCUGAUGGUCAUCUUUAUGGCGUUAAACGUCUGGUUGUGUCUGGCCGCCAUACUCGGCUCGGCACUGGGCUAUCUGGUCUUUAACUGGAGUUCACUAUGGGAGAGUGAAGCUCCAGACAAAGAAGAACUUGCCAAAUCACAUUGGUGA